AUGGCCGAGAACCUGAAACGUUGCAAGCUAUUCCCCGACAUCCCCCCCGAGCUGUGGUAUUUGGUUGCAGGUCACCUUGUACGCCAAUGCGCUGUUGUUACUUUACAGGGCCAAUUUCCCGCUGAUGCGAAGGCAUCAACAUCCGAGAUCGAUCUUUCCGAGCCGAUCUACGCGUCUUACGUGAAAGUUGAUGGGAACAUUUACGUUAGGAGCUUGUACAACUCGCCGGUGGGUACGUCUAGCAGCGACACGCGUCUCUUUUUUCCGACAAAGGAGGAAUCGAAAACCGCAGGCGUGGAGGUCUGGGUCUCUGAAGACCAUCAAGGCAUCCGCCGUGUCGUUUUCCUCGCGCCUGGCGCUCUUCAGAUUUGGUGCAACGAACAGAGACCAGUACCAGGGUUUGGUGGCGCAAGGUUCCGCUGGCAGACGUGCGUUCUACCGUCAAGAUUCAAACCGAUGAACCUAUCGAGCGAUCCUUUAUCGCAGUUACUUUGGGAGACCCCACCGGCGUCUCCCCUUGAUCUGGCACCCAUCGUUACUCUAGGCAUUUCUUCCGUUCCUCCUCCCAGAAGUCGCAUGAAAUCCUUCGACUGCAAUCACCCGGACGCAAUCGGCUACUUGGUAGCGUGUUGCGGGGAUCGCAUAUUUGAUAUUGUCACCCAUAAGCGAGAAGAGAAAGACAUUUCGCGCCUUUAUGAAAAUGCACCGGACUGGGCUACUCACUGGAUGUAUAUGCCUCUAGAUGAAGGCGAGUUCAUCACUCAUAUUGCCAGUCAACUCCGCCACUAUUUCAACCUGCGGUGGCUUGAGAUUGGACUGAGCUUUACAACAAACAAAGGCCGGGUGACGGUUUUUGGGUGGCAUGCCAAAACCACGGACAGGAUCUUGACUGUCCCGCGGGACAAGAUCAGGGUCUAUUUCAAUUCAUGGGACCAUCCCGAUGGCCAAGCCGGGGUACAACACCUCGCUCUUGAGAGGUCUUACGACAACAAUGACGAUGCCCCCAUUACACUGAAGCUACCGACCGCCGUCGGAAAAGUCCCCACUCAAACGAGUCCUGGCACUUUGAUACGCACGGCUUGUUCGUUGGACGGCAUCUCCGAAAUACAGCCCUGCAUUCGACAAGCUGCGAUCUCCCGCGUGAUUGGUAUCAAGGUCAAUUACAUCAAUGGUCAUCGUGAAUGCCUUGGGCAGUUUCGUCUCGACUUAGCCGCUGAACCAAUCUCCACGUGCGGAAGUGAUACCCUGUUUGUGCGUUAUGCGAGGCUCACCCCGAAUAGUUUUGGCAUCACCGCAAUCGCAUUGAAAGAUACCGGCGAAAUAGGCGGUGUGGGAUGGAAGGCCAUACCACUUUCUGGUUUGUUGGAAUGGCGGUUCUGCGCGGAAACGGUAGUCCUCACCCGUAAUGGCGCGUUGGUCAUGAAACCAAGCGAAAUGUGCAUUCAAAUCGCGUAG